GAAGACCCCAAAUCUUCUAUUCAAAAAAGAGAGAGAGAGAGAGAGAGAGAGAGAGAGAGAUGGAAGGAGGAAAGACGACGAAGGCAGCAGGAGGGAGGAAAGGCUCUUCAAAACGAAAGGCGGCAGUAACGAAAUCUGUGAAAGCAGGCCUUCAGUUUCCUGUUGGAAGGAUUGCUAGGUUCUUGAAGCAAGGAAGAUAUGCGAGGCGGGUUGGAACUGGCGCUCCUGUCUAUUUGGCUGCUGUUCUUGAGUACUUGGCAGCUGAGGUUUUGGAGCUGGCUGGGAAUGCUGCUAGAGACAAUAAGAAGUCUCGCAUCAUUCCAAGGCAUGUUCUUUUGGCUGUGAGAAAUGAUGAGGAGCUUGGGAAAUUGCUAGCUGGUGUGACGAUUUCAAGCGGUGGUGUUUUACCAAACAUAAACUCUGUUCUCUUGCCUAAGAAGUCUGAGAAAGGGAAGUCUGAGGAAGCUUCAAAAUCUCCCAAAAAGGAUUGAUUGGGUUUGGAUGAAUGCUUUUUGAUGUGUUUUGCUGAUGCUGGAUACUGUUUUUUGGUUUUGGUGUUGGGAUGGUCUUUGCUGCUUUCCUUUCUUUUUGAGUAUUUUGUAAAUAUAGUAAUCUCACUGUUGAGGUAUAGAUGUAUGUCCUUCAGCAAAAGGAUGCAAUAGAUGUUAUCAUCAGAUCUCCAUCAAUGAAGUUUCUUUAAGUUAA